AUGAAUACCUGUGUUGUACAGUGUACUUUACCCCAUCUCUCUAAUGUAGAUGUUGAGGUCACCCAAGUGGCCCUCAUCACACAACCAACUCCACCAAACAGUCCACAGCCAACCAGUGCCUGCACCAAAAAUGAUUCUCUCAAUGCUACCGAAAAUUUUCGCAACCAGAAUAUAGACAUUGACGACUCUAACAGUACCUGUACUGCAUUUGCAAGGGCUGUGGCCAUGGUAAAAGUCCAGGUGAUGACCCGCAGACUGAAAGAAAAGUACCUUGGCCACGAGUGGAUCCGGCUGGCCCUUCAGCUACCAGUCGACGAGAGUACGAUCAAUAACCAGCCCAUUCGCGAUGAAGUGGUGUGGACGCUUUUGAACAAGCGAUUGGACAACCGGACAGGCGAGAUUGCGACGUGGUACGAGUGGAAAUUCAACAAGACAAAGUUCACCACCGAACAAGUUCAAGAAAAGGUUGACCGUUUACGCCAACGAAAAAUUGACUACCAAAAGCAACAAUCCAUAAUCCAAUCCAAGAGUCAAAAAGACGAUGAGAGAGGGGCUUCUUUGCGGCUGAUUCCCUCAUAA